AACAACAACAAUGGCACAAGGAGAAACAACAACAACAAUGGCACAAGCUGAAACAACAACAACAAUGGCACAAGCAGAAACAACAACAAAAGCACAGGCAGAAACAACAACAAAACCACAGGCAGAAACAACAACGAUGAUAGCACCGGUAGAAACAACAACUAUGGCAAAAGAAGAAACGACCAUCAAGGCUUCAGAAACAACUACAGCAAUGCCCGCAGUAGAUACUACAUCAACGAGGGCACCAGCAGACACAACUUCCAUGGUACCAGAGGAAACAACAACAAAAGGGGUCCAAGAAGGGACAACAACAAUGGCAGCACCAGAAGAUACGACAACAGCAGUUCAAGGAGUAACAACCACAACAAAGGCGCCAGCAGAAAUGACAACAACAGUUGCACCUGCAGAACCAACCACUACUUCUGCUGAUGGAACCACAACAGCGAAAGUUCCAGAAACAACUACAACAGCCCCAGCAGUAGAUACCACGACAACAACAGUUGCUCCCACAACCACUGGGGAUAGGUGUGCUGGUGUUAAUUGUAACAACGGCACGUGUACACUGUCUUCCAGUUCUUCUACUGGAUAUGUUUGUCAGUGUUACUCACAAUACACGGGGGACUCUUGUCAGUUCGCUGAAGCCAUGUAUUCUCAAUGGGGUGCCUGGGGAGCAUGUGAUCAAGAUUGUAAAGGUGGGGUUAAGAACAGGACACGAAGCUGUACUGACGUCACAGGUGCAAACCGAGGCUCUGACUGUGGUGCCGAUUUAUUAGAAGAAACAGAAUGCGAGAAUUUACCAGACUGUGUCGUAACGACGAACCCCUGCCAGGACUCCGUCAACCCCUGCCUGGCUGAUGGGGUAGACCACACGUGUCUGGUGAAGAGUGACGGGUCGUUUCGUUGUUUGUGUCAAGAGGGUUACAUCAACGACAACAACAACGUCUACUGUACCAAUGAAAACGAGUGUACCAGGACGAACAACGACUGUAAAGACGUGAACACGAAUUCUUUUAAAGUAGGCGUGUCCGGUUGUAAGGAUACUAUAGGAAACUACUCCUGUACCUGUCAUAGCGGAUUUACCUAUAGUACCGAUACAAGGACCUGCACAGAUAUCAAUGAAUGCAGUAGCACCUUGACAAACAAUUGUGACAUCCCGGAGCGGGCCACUUGUACCAACACACCUGGCAGUUUUACCUGUGCCUGUAAAUCAGGAUAUCAGGGGGCGGGGACAGUGGGGACAUGCAAAGAGACACGAUUGAUGUCCCAUAGCGGACACACUAUGCUGAGUUCCAAUGAUGAGUACUCCCCUUACUUCUUCCCUAAGUUUGCUAUACCCUUCGGGACUUAUCUGUAUCCAUCAUUCUAUUUUACAAGGAGUGGCUUACUACUAUUUACUACAAUCACAAGUGAAACUGUUAGUACCGGAAAACGGAAGUCGUUUACAAAUCCCACCAAGUUCGAAAUUGAUGAUACCUUCCAAGAAAAGGCUGCUGUUGCCCCCUGGUGGUCAAACAUGGUUAUCAGUUCCGGGGCAAGUACAAGUAAUGGAAUGUAUUACAAAGAGUACUCACCUGAAGUGACGUCAGAGAAUGACGUUAUGGUAGCCAAGGCAACAGAAAUUGCCGGGAAAUUUAGUGUUACUGGAUUUAUCCCAAAAUAUAUGCUUGUGAUCACAUGGUACAGGAUGGAACAAAAUCAAAUUCCGGCCACUCCAUCUCAAACUGUGACAUUCCAGCUCAUCUUGAUCACAGACUUCAUACACUCCUUCGUCAAAGUUACCUACGAGGACAGAGAGAUGAAGUGGAAGGUUCUGGAUUCAGUUGGGAAAUACCCAGUCAGGAUUGGUACCCUCAAACAGGGGGGCUCUGCCUCAGAGUACGCCCAAUCUUACCUCGAUCUUCUGAAUGACGCUGCAAACAAGCCUAAAAUACAAAGGAUAGACGAUGUUGUCAUUUCGCCAGCUACAAAUAAAGGCCGCUCCUACUAUCGCCUGACAGAGACGGUCCCAGUUGAUCAUCCGGGUCUGGUGUGUUCAGAGUGGAUAACCACUGAUUCCAACGACAAUAAUAAUCCUGUUGUGAGUGCAGAUGUACAUAAGUGUCCACCCAGUCUACUACAGAAAACAGACACUCUAGUGCAGUACAUGGACGGAGGGAUUCCAAACUCAAUGACGUGUUUUGCUACGAGAAGCGCCAUGUCUUCUACAUCAAGCGAUGCACGCACCAUACGUUGUUGUUAUGACAACAUCAAUAAAGGAUUGGUUCUAGAUCACAUGUUAGCCAAUGGGUUUAACACUUACAGGCGUCACUCUGGACUAGCACAAGAUAAUGCUGACAGUAUGUAUAGGACUUGCUGUUAUGCCAACAAUAUGUUCGCUUCUAAGGACGACCUCUGUCAGGGAUUUCUAGAGAGACGCCCAGUCUGUACAUUUGAUAAUUUUGUCGCCAGUGGAGCCGGUGGUGCUUUGGGAGAUCCCCAUCUGACUACUCUAGAUGGCUUGUCCUUUACCUUCAACGGACACGGGGAAUUUGUUUUAUUACGGACUUCAGAAGUGGAGGUUCAGGGAAGAUUUUCACCGUUAGAAAAAGAUGGUGUGAAAAGCGCAACCUACAUUAGUUCAAUAGCUGGUAAACAAAGCAGCCCAAGCAGUGACAAGAUUGAAAUCCGCCUUAAUUCUGCUAACGAUGGCGCAGAAAUCUUGAAAAAUGGUAAUCUUCAAAACCCUGACCUGUCUAGUGAUGUUGACUGGCUUGAAGUAUCCAUCAGUAAGUCUGAGGCAAACAGUGUGCCAACCUGGAAGAUGAUCUUUAGUGGUGGACUGACUGCGGGGGUGCAACUGAAAAAUCAAAUGUUUCAGCUGGUCAUUGAUUCUGAUGCCAAAUAUAAGGGUGCCUUCGAAGGACUCCUGGGUAACUUCAACGACGAUACUACAGAUGAUUUCAAAGCACCAAAUGGGUCAGUGACGUCAUCAACCUCUACAGAAGAUGUAAUAUAUAACUACGGAAAGACAUGGCAAAAUACUGAAUCCAGUACCUUAUUUACAUACAGUGGCAGUGACACUUGGAAUACUCAUAUCGACAACAGUUACACACCUGUGUUUUUCAAUCCUGACCUUACCGUCAUGUUUUCCGAUGGCAACAAACGAUCAACUGCCAUUAGUACCUGUAAUGGCGGAGCCUCAACAGACGACAACCCAGAACUUCGGCGGGAAUGUUACUUUGAUUUUAAAGUUACAGAGAAUGCUGCUUUAGCUUCUUCUACUUCUGAAACAAAGAAUGCGCUAGAGGAAACAAAAUCCACGCUAGCUAAUUACCCACCAGAAAUAAAUAACGGAAAUGUUACAUUUGAAGUGUCUGUCGGACAGACAUUUACGUUUCAACUUGACGCCACAGAUAAGAACACGGGCGACACCAUUUACUUCCUGGUAAAUGACGACGCGCCCUCUGGAUUGACGGUAGACAACUCUACCAAAAUCCUGACCUGGUCAAAUAUUGCUGACAUUAACAGUUCGGUGAUUCAGAUCACUGUCUCUGAUGGCAAGGCGCAGUCAUUCUGGACGCCAAAAAUAGAGCUUUGUAAAUGUCAGAACGGUGGCCGGUGUGACUUCAGUGUUAGCAGUAGUAAUCAGUUUGUUGUCGUCCCUUGUGUCUGCCUGACUGGAUACGACGGAAAGUUUUGUGAGAAUGACGAGGAUGGGUGUGCAGAUAGCCCCUGCUGGCCGGGGGUGGACUGUACCGAUGUCUUGGCGAGGGAUCUCAGCACCACUCCCGCUGGUUACACGUGUGGACCGUGCCCGACUCACCUUGACGGGAAUGGAAUAACAUGCACAGAUAAGGAUGAAUGUGUUAAAAACAAUCCUCCGCCAUGUGCUCAUAACUGCACUAACAUCCCAUUUGGAUUUACCUGUUCCUGUGCUGAUGGCUAUGUGCUAGGUGGAGAUGCCAAAAGCUGCUCUGACAAGGAUGAGUGUUUGACAAAUGCUGACCAGUGUGAUGAUGCAACAACAACCUGUCUCAACGACGUCGGCGGGUACACCUGUCCUUGUAAAACAGGGUACACAAGGGAAACAACUUAUGCUUGUACAGACAUAGACGAAUGUUCCGAUUCUUCCAUCCAGUGCCCUGCUAAUUCCCAGUGUAGGAACAAUGUCGGAAGUUACACAUGUGUCUGUAACCAUGGAUACCGCAAAAAUACCCAGACAAAUACCUGUGAGGAUGUGGACGAAUGCGCAGGCUCCAACAAUUGUGCUCAGAAAUGUGUGGAUGGAAUAGGAACGUACACAUGUGAUUGUAACACGGGAUAUAAACUGAACACAACCGACAAAGUCAGCUGUAUACCUGAUACUGAGUGCUCACAGGAACAGAAAAACAAUUGUGAUGGCGGAAGUGAUAAAGCGUCAUGCGCAGUCUCUAACGCACAAGUGUACUGCGUUUGUCCUUCUGGUUUUGCUCUGAAUGGCAGCAAUUACUGCAUAGACAUCGAUGAGUGUACGACCAAUGCUGACACCUGUGUUGAUGCAACUAGCACCUGUCAGAAUAAUGAAGGGGGAUUCCAAUGCAAUUGUAAGACAGGGUACACUAGACAGGACGCCUAUACAUGCACAGAUAUUAAUGAAUGCACAAAUGGAACCCACGAUUGUGAUCCACCCGCCACAUGUCAAAAUAAUGACGGAGGAUUUGCCUGCCAGUGUCCUUCAGGGUACAAUAAAGGAGCGGAUGGUCGUACUUGUGAUGAUAUCGAUGAAUGUACCUCUGCGGCCACUCACGCCUGUGAUAAGGUGCAUGGAAGCUGUACCAACAAAGCUGGGGGAUACGACUGUAGCUGUAACGUGGGAUUUGUAGGCGAUGGAUACAACUGUGCUGAUAUAAACGAGUGUGCUCCUGGCGGCUCUAGUAAUUGCAAACAAACCUGCACCAACAACGUUGGAAGUUACUCUUGCUCCUGUUUAAAUGGAUAUACAUUGAAUGCUGACGGAUAUACCUGUGAUGAUAUAGAUGAGUGCUCGGAUUCUGCUGCCAAUGGUUGCUAUGACAAUAGCCACUGUACAAACACUGACGGAAGUUACACAUGCUCCUGUCCUCAAAACUUUCGACUGAAAGGCGACGGCAAAACUUGUGAAUCCAUUUUCAAAUGUGACACUAACCAUGGCUGCAAUUACACGUGUGGGAAAGUCAAUGAUCAAGAUACCUGUUCCUGUCCUGCAGGAUACCAGUUAGAUAGCAGCGGAAAAAACUGUGAAGACAUUGAUGAGUGUGCAAAUGCAACUUUACAUCGGUGUGAGGCAAGCAACAAUGUGGUAUGUUCCAACACCGUAGGAUCACACGUAUGUAACUGUGUAAAUAGCUCAUACGUCAAAUCACAGGAAACAAUUUGUGUGGAUAAGGACGAAUGUUUACAAGGAACUGCUAACUGUCCUUCGAACUCACAAUGUAGAAACCUUGAUCCUGGCUUUGAAUGCAAUUGUGUUCAAGGUUACAGUAUGGUUGGCGCUACAUGUUUAGACAUUGAUGAAUGUGCAAGCUCCAGUGAUAAUGACUGUAACAACACGUUAGCCACGUGUACCAACACACCCGGGGCGUACACGUGCACCUGUAAGCCGGGUUACUCCGGGGACGGAAGGACGUGCACUGAUGUGGACGAAUGCGCUGAAAACACACAUAAUUGUGACAGCCGGCCAGAGAGGAGAACGUGUACUAAUACUGUUGGAUCUUAUAUCUGCAAUUGCAGUGAUGGAUACAUUUUGGCCAGUGAUGGCAGGACAUGCAAUGAUGUGGAUGAAUGCUCUGGAAACCAUGGUUGCCAACAAAAUUGUGUAAAUAAAGCUGGUGGAUAUGAGUGCACAUGUCAAAUAGGGUAUAGACUAGAUGCUGAUCAAAGGAACUGUGUCGUGGAGGCAGAGUGUGAACCAUCAAAGAAAGCCACAUGUGACAAUGAUCAGUGUGCAAAAGUAAACGGUACCGACACCUGCUCAUGUAAUCCAGGCUACCAACUGGCCGCUGACGGGACUACAUGUAAUGAUGUUGAUGAAUGCAGUAACUCGCCGUGCUAUGCCACCAACAGUGCCUGUACCAACACGGUGGGGUCCUACACCUGCUCCUGUAUAAAUGGUUAUAUACUGGGCCCCAAUAAUGUGUGUCAAGAUCGCAAUGGCGGACUGUCGGACUGGUCGGCAUGGGGAGCAUGUUCCUUGACCUGUGGGAAUGGGACCCAGACCAGAACACGGUCCUGUAAUAACCCUACCCAAGAAGGGGCAGGGGCACCUUGCACAGGAGAGACAACCGAAGCACAAAGCUGUAAUACCAAUAUCUGUCCACCAAAUCAAGUUGAGAAGGAAUAUGGCGUUUUAGUGCGGUACUCGGGAAUGACUGUGGCAAUGUUUACAACAAAUGUACGAGCAGAAUUUACUACCAAAGUGGCAGAAGGAAUCAAUAGUUACUGCAAUACGAACAAUGAUAAACUUCGACAAUGUUGUAGUAGCCAGUCGUCUUACCAACCAAAUCCAAGUAGUCCCCUUACCUUUACAAAAGCGGAACAAAUCGCCAUCGCAGAUGGGUACCCACGGGAUAUUAAUGGAAUAACAGAGUUCCUGAUUGUUGUGAAAGCUGAUAAAAAUAGUAAUCCUCUCUGUUCAGCUUCGUCUUCGAAACGAAAGAGGAAAAGGCGUGGCAUUGUGCUAAGCAAUCUAGAGAUAGCUAUUCCUCAGACUGUCUUACAAAAAAUUUUACAAGACACAACAAUACAAAGCGAAAUCGUCCAGAAGUUGAAAGAAGCUAUAAAGCUAGCUACAGGAGACGAUCUUGAUAUACAAGCAGGCGAAAUCUUAUUGGUCACAGAACCAGCUCCAACUACGAAAACAACUUCCAAGGCUUGGGUCAUUCCUGUGGCAGUUGUGGGGGCAAUCCUCGGUGUUAUCAUCGUCAUACUCAUUAUCCUCGUUCUCAUCAAAAUGAGUAAGAAGAACAAAGUCAAUCCAGAAGAUCCUCAUGCGAAUCCUUUGAACAACCCAAACCAUCCGAUAAAUAACCCAGCGCAGCAGCAGCAACAGACAAUGGGACAAAAUCCUAGUCAACCACCAGCAGAUCAGGGAGCAAAUCCUAUGGAGGGAGACCAAAACACCAACAGCUAAUAACAACCCAGUGCAAACGUGUAACUUCAACGGACAUGCUCAAAACUUAUAUGUUUUUAUACAAUUUAAUUGAAAACAUGAUUUGAAGGAAUUCUUUAAAGAAUGAUUUACUAGUAUUUAUUAGAUGGUUUUAUUUCCUCUAUAUUGAAGUUUGUCAUUUUAUGUGCAACUGAUGUUGUACAAAUCUAUAUCUGAUUAUCUGAAUCCAUCAUUGAUUGACUCUAAAUGCAUAAUGCUCCUUAUGAAGAAAUGUACUUUAUUUAAUGCAAUGCAUUAUCACAGUCUUAGGGUAAUUUUUUCUCAAAAUUCAUUUAUUCAUUAAUUUUUUAACUAAAGAAUACAGAAAGGAGCAUGCUUUGCAGCUGAGAAAUGAUACAUUGUUAUUCAGUAGCAUAAAUACUAAAUGUUAGUAUCAGUCAAAUUGAUGGAAUUUCAAAAAUAUAUUUGUUAAAGAGUGUUAAUGUAUGUAUAU